UAACGCCAAGUAACGUAAACGUAGGCUGACGUUAGGCUAGCUAAGGCUAAUGCUACAGUCAAACGGCCGUACAGUUACACAUGGAGUGACUAGAUUUUAAAAGGACACUGAGGUUAGUCUUUGUAUUCAGAAUAAAGCAACGUUAAGUGAUGGAGUUUCCAGAACAUUUUAACCAGCUUGAGCUCCUGGAAACACAUGGACACCUGAUCCCCAGAGGGGCGAGCAGCCUGUGGACCGGAAGCAAGGAUGAGGAGGAAGAGGUGGAAGAGGAGGACGGCGACCACGGCGAGGACUGGUACCUGGAGAAAGAAGAAACUCUCAAAGACAAACCAAAGAUGCUGAUCCUGUGGGCGGCGCAAAACAACCGCCUUGCAACAGUCCACAGGUUGGUAACCGCUGAUCCCUCGCUGGUGCACUGCUGUGAUGAGGACGGGUACACGCCACUGCAUCGCGCGGCAUACAGCGGCCACGUCGACGUGGCUUCUGCUUUGAUCGCCGCUGGGUCCGAGGUCAACCCUCGCACCGUCGAUGGCUGGACCCCGCUUCACAGCGCCUGCCGCUGGAGCCGAGUCACUGUGGCGAGUUUCCUUCUGCAACACGGAGCCGCACUGAACGCCCAGACCAACGGUGGACUCACGCCGCUCCACCUGGCCGCCUCCGACACCACCCCCUUCAGAACGGACUCUGCUCACACGUUAGAGCUCCUCCUCUCCCAACGUCACCUGACCCCGGGGCUCCGCAGCAGCAGCGGGGAGACCGCCAGAGAGGUGUCCCGGCGUAGCGGCCCACAUCACGCCCUCUUUGAGAUGGUAGAAGACUGUGUUAAAGUGGGACCCUCGAGUUCUUGAAAGUGCGAUGGACAGCGGUCACAUGAACUUCACUGAUGCUAUUAGAGACGAUUUAAAGUUGAGCAUUAUAUCACUUGCCGUUCAUUGCUUGAAGUUGUGGAAAUGUGUAAGUCUUUCCGAGGUGCAUUGUUUUUGGGAAAUACUGUUAAUUGUGGCUCCUGUAAGAUCAAAAUGGGUCUUCAAUUAAAGCCCCUGGCUGAAAUAUUGAGGAAUUUCUUUCUCUCUGGAACUAAUACCAAUAAUAGCACAGCUAUGUAGUAUAAACUCAACUAAAAGCUAUUCUAUUAGAAGAAAAAUGUAAAGGUGAGACUUUACUCAUAAAGAUACUGGAAAAUGUAACAAUAAUGUCCAUACUUUUAUUAAGUAGUAGUAACGCUACAAAAGUAUUAUUAGAAAUGAAAAAAUAUAUAUUGUCAUUGAUUGUGGAAGUGAGAUACAUUUACAUGAACUUGUACACUGUUGGAUCUGUGGUUGUUAACAAGUUUUGUUUAUUUAUAUUCAUCUGUAAAAUAAGUAGUAGCUGAAACGGUCACAUAAACCUUGUGAAGUAAAAAGUAUUUCACCCUGAGAUAGAAGGUAGAAAUCAGAAUGGAAUUCAAACACUUGAGUAGAGAAAAAGUACAUGAAAAUGAUACAUUAGUUCAGUCCAGUGAAUUUGAGGUAAAUAGUGUGAAUACUCUCACUUUAUGGAUCAGAUAU